CACUACGAGAAAACCUUUAUAGUAUUAAUAAAUAAUUUCAAUUACUUUCUUAAUAAUAAUUUAUUCGCGUACUAUAGUUUAGAAAAGUGAAAUGGCACAACCACCACCACCACCAUCACCAGCCAGUAUUCCACCGUUUGUCGGUCUCAUUGUGAGGAUUCUUACGUUCAUUUGCUUGUUGAUUUCACUCAUUUUGAUUGCCACCAACACUCAUACGACGUUUGAUGAUUAUGGUGACAAAACCAAAAUCAAGUUCAAUGACUUUUACGCUUAUAGAUAUUUAAUUGCUACUGUGAUUAUUGGAAUGGCAUACACUCUUCUACAAACUGCAUUCUCAAUUUUCUUUGUGACCACUGGAAAUCGACUUGGUGGUGAAGGGCUUUGUCUUUUUGACUUCUAUGGUGACAAGUUUAUUUCCUACUUACUUGUUACUGGAGCAGCUGCAAGUUUUGGGAUGACACAAGAUUUAAAGAACCUACAAACUGGUGAUGAACUAAAUAAAUUUCUCAACACUGCAAAUGCUGCAGCCAGUCUUUGCCUAAUUGGAUUCUUAUUUGCAGCUGCUUCAUCAAUUUUCUCAUCUUAUAAUCUUCCAAAGAGAGCUUGAUUUAGAACAACAAAAAGGACAGCUCGGUGCACCACGGGUUUCUGGGAAGGCCGAAUCGGACCACAAUUUAGAACCAAUUAUUAUUAAAAAAAAAAUCUCUUAGUUCAAUCCAAAAUUUGACAGAUUAAUUACUGCUACAUUUGGUCAAAAGGUGUGUCAUGUAAUGUAAUGUUUAAGUUGCGAUUUGUAUUUAAAAAAUGUAUUCUUAUUUGUUUGAUUUUUAAGGUGGUUUUUGUAUUUUCUUUUUUGUGAGAUUUUUUUAAAAAAAAUUUGGUGUUUAAUUUCAUGCAUAAUAUCCUUUCAGAAUUGUAUUUUGAUCCCCAAAGUAUAAAAUUAGCCGGGUGAGUAUUAAGCAGACAUUUUAAAUUAAUUAUUUAUAAAAUUAUACAUGUUUUUUUUUU